GACAGUCAGAGAUCUACUUCCGGAGUACAGAGUUCAAAGUGUAGCCAUGUGUGUUUUGUGGGAAAGGUGUGUUUCUGCUUUGUAAAUACUAGAUUUGACUAUGAAACCGAAUUCGUUUUUUAAGCGUUUACACGUUCUUCACAUUUGUCCGAUAUGACCGCAUCAAACCCAGAGCUGAUCCCGUUAAUCUAUCGCCACCUGAAGGAGCAUGGAUUCCACACGGCUGCAGAGGAGCUUCAGAAGCACAGCCUACAGAGUGAGGCGCCGACAUCCACAACGUUACUGGACAUCUACAGUUCAUGGUUAAGGUCUUCAAAACGAAAAACAAAGCCUGCCACAUCAAAACGCUCUGCUCCAGCCAAGACCCAAACCACGCCUAAAAAAGCAUCUCCACACAAGAAAAAGACAGACAAAGCUACUAAGCAGCCAAGAUCACCAAAUAAAAAGGCUCCAACAAAGCAGAAAAAGAGUGAUGGAAAAGCAGCAGAAAAAAAUGUCAAAUCCAGUAAAUCAAAAAGUCAGAAGAAAAAAGCUGAUGGAGGAGAGGACUCUGACUCGGACAGCAGUUUGGAUGUGGAGAAGUGGAAGAGGCUUAUUGAGCAGAUGACAGAUGCUGACCUCGCUAAAGUGGAAGCCUUAGAUGCUCUGGUUGCUCCUGUACCCAAAAAAACCAGAGUGAGAACGCCUCGAGCCAAACCAAAACCCAAAACAGAAAGUCCCACCGACGGACAGGACCAACAGAAUAAAACAUCUGAUGAAUCUACUGGGGUCACAUUGGCCAAAAAUAAUCCACCCAAAAAGAGUCCCUCCAAAAAAGUACCUGUUGUGGCAUUGAACAGCGCAACCCAAAACACUGAAACACCUGUUGCAAACGUAAUUUCAACACCAAAGCACAGCUCUAAAAAAGAGAAAAGGAAAGCUACUACAGACCAAGCUACAGUCAAGCCUAAAAAGAAGAAAACUCCAACUUCAGAUAAUGAUAUUGUAAAUGCUACAGAUGGAAUUAUUGACAAAGAUUUAGACCAUAAUGAAGAUGCUAAAACAGGUAAUCUAACUGAAAUCAAAUUAACUGAUCAGAACGGGUCUAAAAAGAAGAAGAAGAAGAAGAAAGAUGCCACACAAACUAAGGACACGACAUAUGCUUCAGGUGGAGUCAUUGAUAAAAAUAUAGAUGGUAAUAAAGACGCUAAAACAAGUAAUCCAGCUAUUAAAUUAACAGAGGGAAUUCAAGACAGCUCUUCCCAUCUCCAAAUUGAGCCAAAAAAGAAAAAGAAGAAAGAUGCCACUCAAAAUGGGGUCACUGCAAAUGCUUCAGAUGGAGGUAAUGACAAAAAUGUAGACAAUAUUAAGGAUGCUAAAAUAAGUAAUCCAACUACUGAAGUAAAAAAGGGAAGUCAAGAAAAAACUUUCAAUAGUCAACCUGAACCAAAAAAGAAGAAGAAGAAGAAGAAGAUUGAAAGGGAAGUUAAAGUGACUUCAGAUGUGUUAGUGGAUCGAAAUGUAGAUAAAAAUACUGUAGAGGAUUUAAAUGGUAACUUAGUACCAGAAGACUUGACUAGUUCACUUAACACUGCUAAGGCUGAGUCUAUAGAGAAGGCAAAAAAGAAGAAAAAGAAAAAGGACAAAACAAAACCGGAUGGGGAGCAAACAGUUACUGAAGCAAAGAUCAACUCUGUAACCAAUGAAGGAACUUGUGAAACAACUGCAAUAGAAUCCAGUCAGGACACAGCACAAACACCUCCUAAAAAGAAGAAAAAGAAAAAAGACCAGAACAAGGAGGAAGAGACUUUGCAGCAGGUCAAUGUUAUUGCAGAGACUGUUGGUGUCGAGGAAAAUACUCAGCAAAUUAUAGUAAAAAAGAAAUCCAAAAAGAAGAUAAAAGAGGGUGGAGAGCAUUUAGGAACAGAGGGAGAGAGAGUCAAAACACCAGUGACUCAAAGCUGCGAUAGAAAAGUACAAGAGGAAACUCCAGAAGCCCUGUCCACUCCACAGACUCCAGGUUUAAAGAAAAAGAAGCACAAGUUGCAAACGGAGCAGCUCGCUGAAGCAGGUUCUGUAGUGCAGAUACAAGAAAGUGAGACUCCAAAAAAGAAAAAGAAAACAUCCUCCAAGAACAAAGAAACAGAAAGUUAACAUGACAGACUCCAUCCAUCCAAAUGAGUUGUGCAUCUUUUUAUUGAAUGUAGAGACUGGUUUACUACGGUACCUUUUUAUGUAUCUUUAUUUUUGUUGAGAUUUUUAUUAUUUUGUACAUGUUAUCGCACACUGUAAGUGUUUUAUAUAGCUUGUUUUAUAAAUGAAUACAAUUUUGCCCAGAUCAGGAGCCUACAAGAAAAAAGCAUGUCAUUCUUAAGUAUAAAUGCGAUCAGCUGUCUUAAUUUUUAUUAACAAAAACACAGAGUUCUGUAAAGAGAUUUUAAAGUAACAUUGUUUAUGCAUUACUGCCAGAGAAUUUGCUACUGUGCUGUAUUAAUAUUUUUUUAAUCUAGAUAAUUGGAUAUUCUGUCAUCACGUAAUCUGUACAAAUCUAUUAUUAAUUCAAUCAUGUUUUCUAAGCCCAUGCACUCUUCAGAUCAG